CCUGUUUCUCAUUCCAGUGAUUGGCGCGGAGACAGGAUAAAACGCCGUGAGAAGCAGGAGUGUGUGAGAGAGAGGGGAACUGCUGACUGAGUCGUGUCGAGGUUCUUGGAGUGAAGCCCUUGUGGAUUGUGUAUACCAAACUUGGAGAGAAGCCCUUGUGGAUGGUGUAUACCGAACCUGGAGUGAAGCCCUUUGUGGAUUGUUUAUUUUUGUUGUUGUGCGCUGCACAGUCUUUCUGUUGAACCUUUUUGAAAGUUAAUAAAGUCUCAGUCAGGAGUUGUUCGUCGACCAUGUCCUCUUCCUUCCCCCAACUACGAACUUAACUGUGCUACACUGGUGCCGAAACCCGGGAAGGAAGACGGGAGCACGUCGCCAUGCAAGCAUCGUCCUCCACCCCAUUUGCGGACAUCAUCGCGUCCCUCGCGGUUCUGCACCGCAAACAACAACAGGCCCUGCUGGAGCUAAGAAGUGAUCAGGAGCGGUGCUUUCAAGCCAUCCUACAGACCCAGCAGGAGGACCGCGAGGCGUUCCGGAGCUGGAUUGACCGGGAGGUUCACCGGGAGCCCACCGAGCAGCCCGCUGUGCCUGUCCACCUGCCCCUAAACAAGAUGGGCCCACUGGACGAUCCAGAAGUUUUCCUCGAGCUCUUUGAGAGAUCCGCUGAGGCGUGUAAAUGGCCGCGGGACCAGUGGUCUAUGAGGCUGGUCCCGCUCCUCUCAGGAGAAGCACAGGUGGCGGCACAGCAGCUCCCAGUCCAGAACCUCCUGGUCUAUGACGACCUACGGCGGGCCAUCGUCCAGCGGGUUGGUCGGACCCCAGAGCAGCAUCGACAGCGCUUCCGCUCCCUUGACCUGGGUGAGUCCGGCCGGCCCUUCAUGAUGGCCCAGCAGCUCCGGGACUCGUGCCGCAAAUGGUUGCUGGCUGAGGGAAGCGACGUGGACCUGGUCAUCGAUCGCGUGGUGCUGGAGCAGUUCAUCACUCGGCUCCCGAAAAAAACUGCCAAGUGGGUCCAGUGCCACCGGCCCACGUCGCUGGACUCAGCCAUCCAAUUGGCGGAGGACCACAUGGUGGCGUGCCAAGGGGUCGGCGAGCCCCUUCCAGCUGCCUCUCUCUCUCCCUCUCUUUUGUCCCCCUCUCUCUCUAGACCUGUCCCUCUUCCUAGGUCUCGUCCGCCCGGCCCACCUCGUGGACAGCCACCUUCCCAGGGGGGCGGGACUCCCUGCUGCCGGGACGGACCCCACUCCUGCUUCUCCCCUUUCUCCGCGCCAUCCAUUCAGCCCACUCUCUGCCACUGGAGCGGCGGGCAGGUCUGGGCCGGCCUGUUGGCGGUGUGGGGAUCCGGAUCAUUUUGUGGAUAAAUGUCCGGUUAUGGAGGUCGGGACAGUGAUCCGGGUCCCCGACGAUCCACAGGCCGCCCCUGGUCAGGCUGGCGGGUACCAAAUACCUUGAUUGGCGCGGAGACAGGAUAAAACGCCGUGAGAAGCAGGAGUGUGUGAGAGAGAGGGGAACUGCUGACUGAGUCGUGUCGAGGUUCUUGGAGUGAAGCCCUUGUGGAUUGUGUAUACCAAACUUGGAGAGAAGCCCUUGUGGAUGGUGUAUACCAAACUUGGAGAGAAGCCCUUGUGGAUGGUGUAUACCGAACCUGGAGUGAAGCCCUUUGUGGAUUGUUUAUUUUUGUUGUUGUGCGCUGCACAGUCUUUCUGUUGAACCUUUUUGAAAGUUAAUAAAGUCUCAGUCAGCAGUUGUUCGUCGACCCUGUCCUCUUCCUUCCCCCAACUACGAACUUAACUGUUGUAAAAAAGGCCACCCUUCAGAAAUGGACUCUCCCAAACUCCCCCGCCUCUGUUCGUGACUUGGACUGUUCCAAAACUUUCCGGGGAGUUGGAAAACAAGAUGUUAUGGAGAGAGACUGCGUAGAUAUGCUCAUUUAUUGUAAAUAAUAGUUAAAUUAGUCAGAAGUGUUGCAAUCCAAAGAUUUUGAGGAUUAUGUGUGUGCGUGCAACUAAUUGUAAGUACAUUUGCAUAGUUAUAAUACGUUCAUGAGAGAGAUUAAAGAUCGCCAUCGCGGCAUUCCGCCUAAAUGUUCAGACUGUUAAAUAUGUUUGCACUUUAUAUUAUCACGUAAAUUUCACAUGAUCCUUCCGUGUUACUUAUCUGGACAGUAUUUAAUGUUAUAUCUGUAUUAUAUAGUGUUGGAUUACAACGUGUUUCAGGGAACAUGUUCAGGCAUGUCUAUUUAGUGAGUUAGACGUAUGCGCUGUUAACACUACAUGCGCUGAGCACGCAGUACAGUAUUAUAAUCAUUUGUAUAGAGUUCCCAUUUAUAUAUAUAUAUUUAUAAUUCACUUUAUUUGGUUUAUAAUGCCCUUUACCAUGCUGAUUAUAUUUAUAACCAGUAUUCAAGUACUCACUUAUAGAUCUAGUACUGUUUAUAGAUCUGUGAUUGUUUAUUUAUUUAUAUUUUGUAUAUUGUUUAUGUUUACAGAACCACACACGCAAUAAAUUAUCUACAAGUACCCCUGGUGUGAGACGUUAUGUUCUAACCGGACAUCCUGUGGUCGUUCAAUUACUCCGAACCAAAAAAGAGUGAACAGUAGUUUU